UUAGCCGGUUUGGCUCAGUGUUGUAAGAACAGUUUUUAUUCCAAGCAUUAAAAAAAAACAUCAAAUUUUAUUUCACCAUAUAGUUUCAUAAAAUUAGUUUAUUUAAAAAUAAUGACCAUCAAAACAAAUUAAAACUACUAUUAUUUAUACAAAACAUCAUAUAUUUUUAUAUAGAAAUUAUUAUAAAUGAAAAAAUAAUCUGCGGAUCUGAUUCUAGUUUUAUUUUAAGAUAGCAGACUUGAAUUAGGGUUUCAGAUAUAAAAAAGAGCGAGGAGGAUCAUGAGGUCAAAGGAAGGAGAUGAUACAGAGUCUCUUUCUCUUCCUGUGGAUUUGAUAAUAGAGAUUCUUACGAAGCUGCCUCCGAGAUCUUUGUCAAGGCUCAUCUGCGUGUCAAAACUCUGGUUAUCUAUAAUCCACGGUAAAUAUUUCAACGACUUGUACCUUACUCGAUCUUCCACACGGCCACGUCUUCUUCUCCAUCGCUACUGCCAUGAUACGCGGCGUUCUCACUAUUCUUCUCUCUCAAGUGAACCGUCUCUUGGUGAUAGUAUUACUCUUCCAGGGUGUCAAAUUUCUCCACCAGUCCGUGGCUUGAUCUGUUGUGUAGAUCAUGACUCCAGUAUUGUCGUGAUUGGCAAUCCUAGCACGGGCCAGUUCCUAACUUUAACUGAUGCCAUAACUGACAUAAUCUUUUUUGGAUAUGAUCCGGUUAAUGAUCUAUAUAAAGUCCUUUCCAUGUAUUUCGUUCAUGAUAUAGAUGGAUCAGUGGUUCUUGAAAAGUCUCAAGUUCUCACUUUAGGAGGAGCUCAAGAAUCAUGGAGAGUGAUCGAAUGUAAGUAUCCGUAUUACCCAGGAACACAAGGUAUAUGCCAUAAUGGGGUUGUUUAUUAUGGAGCGUGGUCUAACCUCACUGACAGAAGAUCUGUAGUAGUGGGCUUUGAUUUGAGAUCUGAAGAGUUCAGUCUUAUUACAUUACCUGAGGAUGUUAAAAUCGUAUCACGUUUUGAGUCUGAUUUGGUGCGCUACAACGGAAAUAUAGCCUUAGUAAAUGUUUCACUGACCCGUAAAUUCGACCUAUGGGUUCUAAUGGAUGUCAAAAAACAUGAGUGGUCAAAAUAUUCUGUCGUUGCUCCUACUUGUGACUUCUUCCGUUGCAGGGGUACUAUUGAAACCGGAGAGCUAAUAUUUGAACAAUUAUAUUUUGGUGACCAGUUUUCAAUUCUCUAUUACGAUCCCAAACAAGACAAGGCUAGAAGAGUUGACCUCGAAAGAAGAGGAGAUACUACGUCUGGUGGUAGGAAAUUAUUCGUGGAUCACGCAGAGAGUCCUAUGUUUCUUCCAAGGAAGUUUAUCCAUUGAUGGCUAGUGGCUGGAGUUUCCUAAAUCAAUUGCUCUGUUCAUCCUCAUUAGGAAUCAUAUAUAACCCAUUGAAAUGAAAGUAUUGAUGACCCAUUUGGGGAGCCAUUUUUUAUUUAUUAUGAUUAGAUUUGCAGAAACCCAGAUAUUUGCGUUGUAUUAGUUCUUUUCUAAAAGAAAACAUUUGUCCAGUCAUUUGAUAUAUUCUUAUAUUGUUCAUCUUCGUAUAUGAAUCACAACUAGCAAGAAACACUGACUAAUGACUAUUUCGGUUAAAAUAGGUAAUUCUUGGCUACUGAAGAAUCAAGGCUUCCUUUUCAGCCCCAUGCUCAACCAAAAUACUCUUCAAACUUUCAAAUUCUGUUUCAGGACUUUCAACGUAUUCAGUGAGCUGACUUGACCUUGUACGCAUGGUACUGUCCGUGUCUUAAACUAGCAACAUUCCGUUGAAGCCUAAAACCGAUAAGAAUUUCCAAACAUGAUAAAUGGUCAAAAAAGAUUAAAAUAACUGACGUAAAAUGUGGAGUCAGAAGAAUCUUGUAUUAGAUUAUGGUGACUAUUGUUUGUGGUUUUUGCUUUAGUUUUUGGUUUUUGUUUUUACAAAAACCAUUUUUCAUCCAAUUAAGUUUUAGUUUUUUUGUUUUGCUUUGGUAAAAACCAUUUGAUUUGCCAAUCAAGAUUUUUAAUAAAUAGAUUUCCUAAAAUUUAAGAGAAACUAAAUUUUGAAAAGUUUAACCAAUUUAUGAAGAAAAACUAAAAACCAACUUUUGUGAGCUUCUAUUAAAAAAUGAAUUUUGAUUUUUUUUCUAUAGAAACUACUACGUUUUAAUUAAUUAAUUAAUAAUAUUUUUCAUAACUAAAUUAUCAUACAGUGUUUUGUACAUUAGAUAUCAUAUAAACAAUAAUGUCAAAUAAUGUAUUUGUGUUUCAUAUCUGAAAAAUAAAGUUAUAUAUUUUAUAAAUAAAAUAAAUUAAUUUUAAAAUUAGUCAUUAAUUUCUAUAGUACAAAAAUUGAAUAUUUUUAAUAAUUAU